AUGUCCAAACGCAUGAACAUCCUCGUUUACUCUGGUGCGCUCACUCAAGAUGCGUGGAGGAGUAAUAAGAAUCUAAUGCUAUCUUCAGGAAAUGGCAGCACCGUCGAAUCAGUCCGGCAUUGUCUCUACACUCUUCGGAGGCUCCUGGCUCCUCAUUAUGCUGUCAUCCCGGUUACAGGCGACAUGCUCAUCAAAGAGCCUUGGACAGCAAGCUGUGCUGCUAUAGUCUUUCCGGGCGGUGCUGAUCAGGGCUACUGCAAGACUCUCAAUGGUGAGGGCAACAGGCGCAUUCGACAAUUUGUCGAGCGCGGCGGACUUUAUAUUGGAUUCUGCGCCGGUGGCUACUAUGGCAGUAAAAGAUGCGAAUUCGAGGUAGGAAACAAGCUCUUGGAAGUGGUUGGGGACAGGGAGCUUGCUUUCUACCCCGGCACAGCUCGAGGGUGUGCUUUCCCAGGCUUUGUUUACCAUAGUGAAAAGGGGGCUCGGGCGGCCGAGUUGAAAGUGGACAAGACUACCCUGCCUGCAGGGGCCGCCCCGGGCGUUUUCAAGUCCUAUUACAACGGCGGCGGCGUCUUCGUCGACGCACCCAAGUAUAAAGAGCAGGGCGUCGAAAUCCUUGCAAGCUAUGCCGAUCCUCUGGUGGUCGAUGCUGGUGAAGGCGCAGCUGCCAUUGUCUAUUGCAAAGUUGGCCAAGGCGCAGCAUUACUGACUGGUCCACACCCAGAGUUUGUCUUCCUGGGAAAGCCAGCGGACGACUGGUCACUGACGAAGCCUAGGUUUGCUCCAGCCAACCUCGAGUCAAAACCAGAUGUUCCUGGAUUCGCGGAUGUCAUCAAAGCUCUGGCCGAAGACGAGAAGCAUAGGAUGGAUUUCAUCAAAGCGUGUCUGACGAAACUUGGUCUUACUGUGAGCGGGGAGCAAAAUGUACCCUCCCUCUCCUAUAUGCACCUGUCCUCAUCCGACCCCGCAGACACCGCUGGUGUCAUUUCGUCCUUGAGCCAUCUCAUCGAGAAGGAUGAACAUGGAGAUGAGUUUCUCAAGGAUGAAAAUGAUACCUUCCAAAUUCUGAAACCAUCCGUCUGGAAAAUGGUUGACUUGACCAAAGCAUUAUCCGCGGAGCCAGAAUCAAAGGAAAAUGCUGACCAAAAGGAUGGCAGCUCCGACCGGAUAGUCGACUAUAACACGGUGACCAAGAAGAUCAUUGUGCAUGAUGAUGAUCAUCCUCAACCAAGGUCAACUCCGUAUUUCAAUCACUCGGCUUUCUAUUCGAACCUUCACAAUUAUCAGUCUCAAACACCUGGCGCCGUGAAUUUUGGUGCCCACCUGCUGUACGGUGAAGUCGUCACCUCGACCAAUACAUUGCUCGAGAAAAACACGAGGCUACUUCGAGUCCUUCCCCAAGGGUUCACCGCAACAGCGACAGUUCAAGUUGCAGGUCGGGGCAGAGGAUCCAACGUCUGGGUAUCACCGGCAGGAAGCUUAAUGUUUAGUACCGUGCUUCGACAUCCGAUGGCGCAGAUGCAGUCUGCUCCGGUCGUCUUCGUCCAGUACCUAGCGGCAAUGGCAAUUGUCAAUGGUAUUAAAACCUAUGACGGUGCUCUCUACAAGGACAUGCCAGUCAAGCUCAAGUGGCCCAAUGAUAUUUUUGCUCUCGAUCCAGCAAAGGCAAAAGAGCAUGGUGGUGAUAGGAACGAAAAUUAUACUAAAAUUGGAGGCAUCCUGGUCAACAGCCACUACAACAGCAAGGAGUACAUCGCCGUUUGUGGGAUUGGAUUGAACACUGCAAACGUUGCGCCAACAACGUCGUUAAAUCAACUCAUUCAAUUCCUUCCGCACAAGGUAACCCCAUUCACGCUAGAAAAGCUGCUGGCUAGAAUAUUGACCGUGUUUGAUGACCUGUAUGCUCGAUUCUUAGUCACGGGCUUCGACGAGGUCAUGGAGCAAAUGUACUACCGACAUUGGCUUCACAUGGAUCAGAUCGUUACACUUGAAGCUGAAGGCGGCCAACGUGCAAGAAUAAAGGGUAUCACCAGGAAUUAUGGGCUGUUGAUCGCAGAAGAACUUGGAUGGGAAGACCGUGAGACGGGUAGGAGAUGGACGUUGCAGAGCGACGCCAAUAGUUUCGACUUUUUCAAGGGUCUUGUUAAGACCACCGAAGAUGUCCUCCGCAUGUAG